CGAGUUUAUGUGCAAGAAUGGUCAAGUCUUUGAAUUUAGCAGGUAAAACCCACGAGACAAUGAACACAUUCUAAGCGUUUCUGAAGCAUAAAAACGGAAAUUAACCUCCACAAUUAAACCAAUUUCCUUCAUUGACACACUAUCUUCUGUAGCUUUCAUUGUGUAGUUGUGAUUCUGUUUAUCGUUUCGCCAGCGUUAGAAUCAGAAUGGAUGCUUUUGUCUCAAGAUUCUUCGUAGCGUGUUGGUAAAUAUUUAAUCUGGGUUAAUUCAAAGGACUUUCUCUGUGUCUAUGACGUCAUUUAUCGGAAGUGAUCACAUAGGACAAGUUUGCCAAGUUCCUUUUCCUCCUUAUUUGAUGAUUUUUAAAGGUAAGUCUUUCUUCUCAUGAUGGUAUGGCUACACAAAGCUUUGUCUAUGGCAAGACGAUACUUUGGCGGCGAAGAAAGGUUUUAUUUAUAAACAAUGAAUAGUUAUUACAAACAAAGUAAGAUAGACCUGUUCCUAUUAUCAACCUGCCACGAUGGCGCGCGAAAAAGAUAAAAAGAUGAAGCGAUUCUUUGCCCAGUGAGAAAUGUCUUCCAUUGACAUCUACGGAAGCUCUGGGGCUAUCUGUUUCGUGAAACGUUUAUAUUUUCGACAUAAAGAGCCCGAAUGUCUUUUGUUAGCGUUUAACCUUGGUGAUAAAUUUCUAUCAUUUGGUCAACAGGUACAGAUUUACGAUAAAUAAACAAUAACCGCGAACAAGAAAAGCCCGUGUGAUGAACAUACGACUUCUUUUCACGUGCCUGACAUUAUGUUUGUCGCAUUCAGGUGAGUUAAAAGUAAUAUUUUUACUUAUAAUGAUAAACGUCGCCAUACACUUGUGGUAGUAUAGCACAAAGUGACUCGAUCAUUGGUCCCACUCAGUAUAUUCUUCUGGUCACAACAAGCGGGUUGUCUCGUUUGACCGGAGAUGUCUUGUAGCUAGUGUGGAAAUACAGAAUAUUGAAAAAGCGAGCUUUACUAAUAGUUCACAGAACUGGAGAGUGUUUCUCAUGUAUGGUACAAAUUAAGCCAAAUUCCUAAGCUCGCAGGUUCUUUAUCAUUUUCUAGGAUUUUACUGUAAUAGACGUUUUUAAGAAUCUGAGGUCUACCAGUGAGUCACUUUAAAAUGCUUCUAUAUGAUAUUAGUUGUUAAGCAUCAUGGAUAAGUACUAUUUUGGGGUGAAUGAGCAAAGCUGCUCUAGAUAUCUGGAAGUGAGUAAAGACAUCCUUAUUGCCUGAGGCUCUUUAAGAGUGCAAUUGCAUAAAACCUUACAUCAAAUGUAUUUAAAAACGUUCUAAAAUAAAUAGUUUGAGUGGUCCGAGCGUCAGAUUCAGAGCCGUUGUGUCCGGCGCUACUUUUUAUGCAGCUGGGCCUAACUGAUUCGGAAACAGUGUAACAGGUGUUUCCUUCAGAUUCGGCGCAUGUGUGAUUUAACGUAUGAAUUGGGGCCAAUCGCAACCCGCAAAGUGUGCCGAGGAGAGCAAAGAAAUGUACCAAAAAAUUGGGUUGUGUGUGCAAAGCUGUUCAGUGUUUCAAUUAAUAAACCUAUUGUUUUCAAACCUAUUUAUUGCUGUCGCUAUCAUACGAGUUAUUUGGUUCUUCAGUAACUAUUAGGUCGAGGAGGUUACUUAAAGGGAUCGUACAAACACGCCCACAAUCUUUAGUAUGCGAGCGAAAGACUAUCAAAAAAAUGGUCGGGAUCUAUCUGCGUGAUGCAUGGUUUGCCAAAAAGACUGAACAAUUUUGUGGAUUAUUGCUGGGAAAUUUUUAGUCGAUUGCCAAAUAUAUCGUAGUACUGUGUUUUCGUUCAAUUGCAUUUAGGGACUGCACGUUUCAUAAUAUGUUAAAUUUAUCCAACAGCAUCUUAUUCUUUCCUUUUAAAUCAUUGAUGUUGCCUCUAGUGUUCUCAGCUCCACUUGAAACUACAGAAAAACCUGGAUCAGAACAAGGUAAAUCCUAUGUCUCGUUAGCGGAAUGUUACCGUCUUCUGUUUGUACAAAUACGGUCUACAAGUAACUUAAAUCACUGCCGCUGUCUAUAAAUAAACCACUUAAUUAGAUGAGCUUGCUAUUUUGGCUUUGUCUGUGGACUAUUAUAAGCAGUCAGUCUAUAACAUGCUAAUACAUACAAGGAUGAAAAUAUAAGCUGCGAAUUGGUCUAACGGUCGCAAAUGGGAUGAAAAUAUGUCCAUUUUUUAUUCUCAGUGCACAGAGAGGAUUCAAAGUCGGUUAAUCUGGAAAAUAAAGGUAUGUAACGUUGCGGUGGUGAGAUGGGCAAGGAGUACGUGUAAUGCAAGCAUCAAAAUAAGUGUGCAUUAAUGCUUAAAGUAAAGUAAGUCUUUUAACGAAUUGAAUGAGUGGUAAAAUGCGUUAAUGAAUCUGCAAGCUUAAUCCAAUGUUAUAGUGAUUAUUUGCUCAUGAGUGACUAGAUGAAUCAGAUAUGUUUGCUUUUGCGCAUGCCUAAUAGUGCUUUGCUAAUGCUGUUUCUUUGAGAUAAGAUGUAGCGUUGCUAAAAAACAUUAUAUUAGAGUGGCGAGGACGCUUAAUGACAAUAGACCAUUUUACAGUUGUGUGCUCAGUUCCCUGGCCUUUGAAUGGAAGCGAGGCUGGCCGUGACCUUGUUUUGUCACAGACCUUCUCAUUUUUCAUAUGUAAAUCGCGGUAUUCUCAUGCUAACAAGCCCGUGAACAUGAUCAUUUACAUAUGAAAAACACUGAAAGUCUGUAACAAAACAAGGUCACCACCAGCCUCGCUUCUAUUCAAAGGCUAGGUCUCUGCGUACACAACUGUAAAAUGGCCUAUUACGAAAACAAUCGACAUAAUACGAGGCACAUACGUUACCUCGGGAUUUGACAUAUACUCCGCUUGAAUCAUUUCGUCGUUUUCCAAUAAAAUAGUUGAGACACUGAAUUGACCUUUUCCUACAACGAGUACAAGUUUUUAAAAAAGGGAUAUAAGGCUAGGGUGGUGAAAGAAAUCUCGUACCCAGAUCUCUUGUUCACGAAACCGAAAGCAAAGACUUCGUCAGCAAGAAAUCUUGGUAUGAGAUUUUAUGGUGAAUGUCCAUGCCAAGUCCGACUCUCCAGAAAUCUGUUUGACUACAAUACUCUAGUGUCGUCUUGCUCUACGAAAAUCGUCUAUUGCCGAUAUUUGUAUUAAAAAAUUUGGAAUAAGAAUACGCAAGCCCGGGUGUACGCUUGACUUUUGUUGAGCAGGAGCAUCUUGACUUCUGUCACUCAGUGUCUCAACUAUUUUGUCGCCGAUUUUGCAUUUGUAGUAAAAGAGGCUGUACAGAAAGCUGAAUUAGACGCCAGUUUAGCUGCUGAAGAUGCAGUGCGGCACGGACAUAAGGCCGAAGAAAGAGUUAAGAGUAACAAAGGGGCAUCAGAACCGAGUGAGGGAAGCAACGAUCACGUGACUGACAGUGACAAGCCCACUCUACACAUCAGGACGCAUGCGUCAAUAGGCACGAUUUGUUUUAUUGUACUCAUUAACUGGAUUGACAAAUCUAACACAUAACUUAAGCAUGUUGAGUAUAGAUGUAAGGCAAUAAGUAAUGACUACAGAACAGAAUAGGUCUAAUCCUAGUGACAUAGCUCCUUUAACCUUGGCUAGUCAGCAUGUCCAUGAGUUUUACAGUCACAAGCAUUUAGAUGAGAACAUUAGUUAUCAUAAAACUUAAAUGUCACAUGCAGAAUUUAUAGAGUGGACGUGAUUUUAACGUGAGCCCUUUCUUCUCCAGGGAAUGAUGACGAGGACGGCUCUCACAUAAAGAGAGUGAAAGAACACAAAGUGAAUCGAAAGCCUGGGUUUAGUGACUUCGGAGGGAACAAUAAUGAUUACAAAGAGGAUACCAAGCUUGAAGAUCGGCUGGCCAUGGAGGCAGAGGAGGAGAAGAAAUAUGAAACAGGAGAAGGGUAUGGCCCUGGUGGCGGUGGCGGAGGAGGAGCUGGCUGGGAAGACGGAGCAAAGGGCGUCAACUGGGCCACAAAUAUACAGAGACAAGAUGCUGCAGAGGUAACGGAUGUCUUCAAAAUCCUUGUCACGAUUUAUUGGUCUUGCUUAAAAACUCUAAAACACUUUGGAAUCAAAGAAAACUUACUCAAAAAGUUUUGUUUAAAAUGACUUUUGUAUUCUCCCUAAAAUACAAGUUUACAUCUUUGACUCUCGAUUACCACGACUGAAUGGAUUCCAAGUUUUCCAAGUCACCUCAAAUUGUGCGUGUCAAACAAAAUGACCAAAACCGACACUUCUUUGCCUUCCGUUUCAGAGCUUAUUAGCUCUCUUUUAGAGAUUCCUAGGAUAGAAAAAGACUUCGAAUAUACUUAGUUGAAUAUCAGCUCAUUUUUCACCUGAAAUAUGGAACUCGCAGCAUGACAAAGCUCUUUCAUAAGAAUUAUAAGAAUUCUUUCAGAUAAGUGAUGCUUGCAAUGUUUGUCGCAAUGAUUUCUCCUUCUUAAACCUGCAGAAGCAGAGCAUUCAAGCCCAGGUCGCCUCUGAAAGUGCUCAUGAAUUAGAUGAAAUCCAACGUGCAAUCGCAGCUGAGUCACAGUCAUCUCGCGGUUCUGCUUCGAUUGGCAAUGAAGGAGCUUCAGUAGUCGGUGGAGCGCCAUCCACGGUAACUCUCCUUUGCUCUCCUCCUAGUUCUUGAUGUUUUUUUGCUGCGCGGAAUUUAAAAUCGUCAGUAUUUUAACAAAUAAAUUUAAAGUUAUCCUGAAAUUUUCAGGGGCAGACAGGAAUGCAACCAAGAAUCACAAAUCCCGAAGGAGGUGGAAGAGGAAUGUCAUUCCUUGAAGGACAGCAAAAAGGAAUUAGUCCAGCAGAGAACCAAGGUGUGCAAAAUGUCUAGUAACAUCUUUAUUACAAGGACGACCUGUUAGAUGAAGUCGAUGCUUAAAGUGUAUGAAUCGGUAGCAGCAAAACGAAAUUCUAACGAAAGAAACAAUGGAGUUCUUUUGCCAUCGAUGAUUUGAGGCACUUUUAGUCAGAGAAACCUAAAAUAUACUAUUUAUUCCCCCCAAGAAAUAACAGCUUCCAAAGUUUUCGGAACUUUUUAGCCAAUUUUAAACUCAAAAUCAAAUUACGUAACCUUUUUUUAAAAUUAUUAGACGGUUCACAGUCCUCAAUUUUUCCGUAAGAUCGUCGAGAUCGAGCGCUUGGCGUUACGGCAGCCAUCCUAGUCUCCAAUGUUUCGAGUCUAGCCUAGGGAAGAGUGUGAAAUCCACUUAGGGGACGGAGGACAGUUUGGGAGGAGGCGAGAAAAAUAGAGGGCGUCUCUCCUCCCUCCCCGCACCGCUAUACACCCGACGCCCGCCUCCUCGGUACAGAUGCCUGCCCGUACCGGUAAGCGCGCGAUCCUGACGAUGUAAUGAAAAAAUGGGGGACAAUUAACUGUCUUCUUUUUUGUUAGACAAGUUUUUAUGGUCUAAUGGAUGGGGGUGUCAGUAAAACGUGAGGUAGGGGUCGGGGUCGGGGCCGGGACCGGGGUCGGGGUCUAUCGUUUUUUUUUACAGAAUACUGUUUUAGGGUUAGUGUUACGGUUAGGGUUGACACAAACCCUAACCCUAACCCUAACCCUAAAACAGCAUUCUUUGAAAAAAAGAUAGACCCCGACCCCGCGUUUUACUGACACUCAGUGGAUGGAGCAAUGCAUUCCAUUUCAUCUAACUGGGCGUAUUGUUGCACGUGUCUCUUUUUGCAUGCUUGCAUGACGAUUACACCGGUCACUAAGACGAUUUUCAGGGACUUCUAACGCAACGCUACUUUACUGAACGCCAAGCGACUGAAUUUGGUUCACCAGGUUUGUCUUACUAAUAUUCUGCAACUGAAACCAUUUUAAAACACUUUAUCUUGUCAAAACAUCCUUUAAAGGCUGAUAAUGCUUCACAAAGGGUCUUGAAUAUUCUGCACUUUAACUCCUAAUGACGGUAACAGUAAAAUAAAUCAAUCUACAUUAAAACGUUGUCUGCGCUCGUGUUUUAGUUUGCGAAAACACCAUAUUGAAUUGCAAGAAAGCGGAAUAGUUGGGGCGUGUCGUUAUUUAAUCCCUUACCCAAAAGAGGGUAAAUUACUUAAAGACUGCUUGUUAACCAAUGUUACCACACAUUCUCUGGUAACACAGGAUAUCGCACCCGUAAGGCUGUGACAGGAGCCCUGGUUGUUAUUAAUAUUCCUUGGCCGUCGAUAUUUCAAAAGCUCGUUAACGCCGUAGUUGUAUUCUUUAAUUUAACGACAGAGGAAGGUUGGGCAUUAUCAGACUAGAUUGUCACUGAUCAUAUUUCUCUUUUUCCUUAGUCGUUUCAUAAUAAUAACAUUGGCAAAAAUAAAACAUUUGCUCAUUUGGAUUGUAUAUAAACUUAUUGAGGAACAGACAGAAGGACCUUUUUAGGAAAUUAAUUUUGUCUUUGUACAUCAUUCAACAGAGAUCUCAAACUUUAUUCACCAAGAGGACAAAAUAUCGCCAGCGGAGAUGAGAGGAGCAGCCCAGCAGAGUGACAUAGGAAUGGGAAGUCUCGGAGCCCGGGAAUCCCAAGCGUUAGGAGGCAGUAUCGGAAGCUUUAGAGAAUUAGCAGGACCUCAACAGAUGGGGGGCCAAAGCGAAGGAGCUACUAUGGAGCAGGCACCGAUUGGAGGAGCAAUCGAUGCUGGAGCCAUGGGCCAAGAUUCCUUGGCGCAGGCUGGAUUAGGAGGUGGCGCAGGAUUGAGUGAAUCUGCCAUCAGCCGAAUGACUGAAGGAUCACUAGGAGGAAAGGCUGGAGAAUCGUAUCAAGGACUUCAAGGAAUGCAAAGCGUUCAAGACAUACAAGGAAUGCAAGGAAUGCAAGGCAUGCAAGGCAUGUCCUCUGCUCUCACAGGAGGACAACAAGGACAGGGUGGAAUGUUAUCGGAUAGUGGGGCUCUCAGUGCUCUUCAGGGGCAGGGAAUGAUGGGAGCGUCUCUUCAAGGAGGCAUGCAAGGUAUGAUGGCUGACGGUGGAGGACUUGCAGGUCUUCAAAACAUGGGUGGUGGAGGAGAUUUGGGGCAGCAGCAAAUGGCAUUUAAAAAGGCAAGUAUUUUGCACUUACGGCAAUACAUUUUCUCUCUUCUAACCAUUAUUUGCGACUUAAACUCGUCAAAAUGUUGAGCUCUGGCUAAAUUGAUCAAAUUAGUAUAGAGUAUUGCUUAUUGCUUGCCUAAUAAUAUAACCCACACCAUUUGCUCAGUCGAGGGAAAUAUUAGGAAGCUUUAGCAUCGACGACGGCGACGGCAGCGAAAACGUCACUUGUAAAACGAAUCCGCAUUUUUUCAAACUUUUUCGCGUCUAUUCCAAUUCGCUGAAAAUGUCAAAUUAAGGCGAAUUUCCCUAGGGUUGAUUUUUCAGGGGACCGUACACAAGUUUAAAAGGGGAAAGAAAAAUUCGUCGGCGCUAGUUUACGUCCUCCAUAAAACGUGAAGUUAGGCAUGUUCACGUCGUUGUCGUUCAGUGACGGCAACGAAGUGUACAGAAAAGCGUGAAGCAUGUGUAAGUUCCUAUUGCUUUUUCGCCGUUCUCGUUGCCGUCGCCGUUGUCAUUGCUAAAGCUCCCUAUUACUAAAAACAACAUAACGUUUUGGCUGGGGAGGGUCAGAGGUCGAUGAGUGUCUGAAGAUCUAUGAAGAGUAAAAACGCACUCUUUAACAGGACUUGAUUGACGUUAGAUCCAUGAACAAACGUCUACUCUGACAAAUCUGAAUCACGAAAGGAUAAUUCAUGACAUAUCCAUGCUUUUCAUUUUUGAACGCACUACUUUCACUGAAACGUAACUUAAGCAUGAUUGUGCUGCGCAUGGCUUUUAGGAUAAACACUAGAUUCUUUGUUCUUCACUAACAUUUGAACCAAUUAACGACUGACGACGUACUUUUAUCCUUAAACAGUCAACAAUAGCAAGACCAAGUGACUCUCAGGUAACACUAUGUCACUUAUUCUUCUGACUGUGGUAGUUAUGAAAAACAUGACAAAUACAAAUGGACUGCUAUUUUUAUGUAUAUGAAAAAAGUGUGACCAUAAGUCAUAUAACUAACCAGCAGUGUUUAACCGACGUAACUGGCCGUUCUUGCGCAGCACCAUCGUCAUCUCUACAUCAACCAUAUUUUUGGCAACUGAACACUAUACUGACUGUAAAGGUGAAUUAGUAAUUCACUUGUUGAUGAAAACAGGAAAAUUUACAAAAUAUUUGUCAUCACUUAAUUGGAAUAUGAUCAACAGCUUCCUUGGUCAACUAUUCUCGACCGGUUAACAAAUAGAUUUUUGCCGUGUGUGUGCUCAGUUAUGUGCAGUGGAUCACAGAUGGAAUCAGGUUGAAGUAAAAACAAGUAAAGUGGUACCCUUGGGCCAGUCUAUCUAAUCUUCUUACCAAGUUUUUAAAAUAAUUACUGCUUUUUCCUUUUAUGUGACCUUUCUUAAUUUUUGUGUUUUUCAGCGGUCAAAGACGCACCAAAAAGACGAGACUACCACUAAACAUAAAAAAAUAACAAAGGAUAAAAUAACCACAAAAAAGGUUGGUGAUAGCAUCUUUGCAAAUACCUUUUAAAGAAAGGAAUUAUUUUUAAAAUUUGUUUCGGCCGCCUCCUCAGAAUGAUGGGCCAGCUCGAAUUGCCAAGGAGCGGAUUGUACUGUUACAACAAACUACAUACCUUUAGAUUCUAAGACAAGGACGACCACAAAGCGGAUUUUCUGAAUACCAAGUAGUCUGUGCGCGUAAACCAGCGUCAUUUUGAAGAGAAAACGUGGUAGUCUUCGCCAUUCUACUACGGUUUCAGCGAGAAUGCUUUUGUGGCGGGAACAGGUUAACAACGGUUAGAACUUGUAUCAUUUUGUGAUUGGGAGAGAGCUUAACCCCCUGCAAUAAAGUAACCGUGCUAAUUUUUUCUGGUGACAAAAAGUACGAUGAAGCUUUCAAGGCUGUUUAUUUGUUGAGAAUACGCGAAACACUUGAAGUCAAAUCUCGUACUAGUAGUUGUCCUCGUCCUGGAAUCCUGAGGUCUUCUAUUAUAAAGUUGAACUUCUCAACAACAGCCACCUUGGGGACAGAAGAAAGUUGCCGUUGUAGAGAGGUUUAAACAAGAGUCAAAGUAUGGACUGUCCGCCACAAAAAGUGGCCGUUGGAUAGAGGUGGUCGUUACUAGAGAUUCGACGGCAUAUCCCUUGGACUCCAGAGAUUUGGGGGUUUGACUUGUAAGACUUCUGAGCAAAAAAAAAAAAAAAGUAAAUUGGGCAACAUAAUUAGUCAGAAUCGUUGACGUUACUCUAAUCUGCGUCUCCUUCCCUUUUUUUUUCAGAGUAAACUGGCGAAAAGCCGUCAAAACUCCAAGCACCCAAAGAAGAUGUAAAUCUACUCAACGUUUCAAACCAACAGCGCGCAAGUUCAUAUGCUUUAACAGGUUUCGAGAAGGAAAGCAACAAGUCGACUAUCAUUGGACUUUUACAAUACUGCAUUACAGUGAUACAGUUUUUUAAAUGUGCCUUGUAUAUGGGAGAAAGAAACCCUCAGUUAUAAAUCACAAAUGUCCUCAUUAAUGCUAAAUUGACCUUAGUACGUCUAGGUCUCAAAUAACGAUCAAAAAUAAAACCUUUUGUAUUUGUUACCGUGACUUUGAGUUAAUACUAUUGUUAUUAUAGCAUUUACAUAAAAAUAGAUUUUAAAAAAUAUUCAGUGCUGAUGUCGUAUUAUUACUG